CGGAAAUGAAAUCGAGGCAGAAAACAGAAGGAUGGAAAUAUUGGAAACAUAAUAAAAGAUUAUCGUAGUUCAUAGCAGUGAUUAUCAUCAAUUGAUUGAAAUUGCAUUUAACUUUAAUAAAUUCGCUUGCUGUAUAAGAGUUUAUAGUGACAUAGUCUAAUUAUUAUAAUGGUUAGGCUAUUUAGAUAGACUUUGUGUGAAGGCUAUCUAGAUUCUAGACUGUUCAUAGAUGAUGUUUAUUUUGCAUUGCUUCAUUUGAAAAUAAUUUGAUUUGCUGUAUAAUGGCUGGAUACAAUAUUUGUUUCUUUGAAAUAAAAACAACUUAGUUAUUUGGAUAAUGGAUGUUUUUAUUGAGUGCAUUAACUUGUUGUGAAUGACAUUCAAAAUGCCAAUAAAAGUGAUAGUGUGCUUUGACAAUGUUCGUGUCACUGUUCCAUGUGGUGAAGGAAAUUUCCCAGUCAAGGAGCUCAUUAACAAAGCCAUACAUCGCUAUAAAAGAGCAGUUGGUAAGGGAACAAAUCACUGGGUGGAAGUGACUAGUCUGAAAACUGUGAGUGGUGGUGGUAUUCUGGAUCCAGAUGACUUGCUUUCUGAUGUGGUUGAUGAUAGAGAACAGCUUGUUGCUGACUUUGAAGAACACGAAGGAAUGACAGCUCAACACAUUGGUGGAGAUGGAGCUAGUGCAAGCUCAACUGGUACCGCUAGUCCAGAUUUUUUCACAACAGAUGUCAUCCAUGAACAAAUAACUAAUGGGAUACCAUCCAUUUUCUCUAUUUCCAAUCAAAAUAAAAGCAUUAGUAAUAAUGCUUCAACUGAUAUUGUAGUUACAUCUUCAGACUUGUCUCUAGGAAGUCAACUGAAAGUUCGACGUGGAAGUGCUCCUGAUCUUAACAUCCAGAAUGUACAGACAUCAGUGCAAGCUUCAAAUGUACCAAGAAGAGAAAGUGUUCAGGAUAGUGAUGAGCCGCGCUCUGAGUCAUCAGAUGAAGAGAAAGAAAAACAAGUAAUACUGUACAGUUCACUAGACAGAAAAAAAUCAGGUCCUAAUCAUUUCACACGUGAUGCACUGAGAGCUUCACUCAGCAGUCACUUAGAAAGACAUCAUUGGCAAGAAGAACAGAAAAGAUUACAGUCUUCCAAUAUUUCACAAGUACAGGAAAGAAUUGGUCUUUUGGAAGGGCAUGAUGGUCAUGAAGUCAAAUUUUCCAACUACUUUGACAGCAGCACAGUAUGCCUGAACAAUGAUGGUGGACCUUUAGGAAUACAUGCAAUACCUGCCUUUGAUGAGAAUGGAAAAAACAUGGGAUUGUUAAUUCAAAGCAUAGAGCAAGAUCGGCCUGUGUAUAAUGAUGGGAGGAUACAUUCUGGGGACAUUGUGACUGAAAUUAAUGGAAUCAGUCUGCAAGAUGUUCCAUUUCAAAAGGCACAAGAUAUAUUUCGAGCUGCUAAAGAUUCUAAAGAAAUCUAUUUGAAAGUAGUCCAUCAAAAAUUCAAUAGUUUACCAUCAAAAAAUGUUUCCUCUGGUAAACCUGGCUUACAGCCUCCACCUGUAAUGCCAAAACCUCGCAGCCACACACCACUUCGACCUUCACCUCUGACAAUGCCAUCUACCAUGGAGCAAAAUUCUACAAAUCCAGCACCUGUUCCCAGAGACAAUGGGCAUAUGCCAAUCAAAUCAACUCUUCCUAUGGCACACACUCAAGGUGUUGAACAGUACAUCUCCAAAGUUGUGGACACUAAUGCUGGUGAGAAUAAAACCAAUGUGACAGUUGAAAAACUGACAGAAAUUAGCAAGUCUAAUAAAAAGAUCCCUCCCAAAGUGCCAGUCAGAAGCAUCCAGACAUCCCUUACUGGACUGAUGGGAGAUGUGCCUCUAAAUGCAAUAACAAAUACCAAGAAAAUUGGUAAAAAAAUGGUCAUUCAUCUAAUAAAAGGUCCAGCAGGUCUUGGAUUUAGUGUAACUUCAAGGGACAAUCAGACUGAUGGAAAUUGUCCUAUAUACAUCCGUAAUAUUCUUCCCAAGGGUGCUGCUGUACAAGAUGGACAGUUAAGACCAGGAGAUAGAUUACUUCAAGUAAAUGGCAUUGAAAUGACUGGUAAAACACAGUCUGAUGCUGUUAAAAUUCUUCGUCUGAUUCCAGAAGGUAGCCAUGUUGAGCUUGUUAUCUCACGGCAAGAAGAAGUGGAUGAAAAGUUUAAAGUGCCCAGAAAAAUGGCAGACAGUGUUCCUCCUUCUAAACAAGAAACUCAUUUUGUUGAUGCUGAUCACUGUCUGGGUGAACCUGAUCUCUUGCCCUUCCAGCCAGCCCAAAGUGAACCUGACCUGGACACUAAGGGAGGAAAUCUAGAGAGGAUUACACUGCACAUUCCUUUGAAUGAAACUGGUUCCGCUGGACUUGGAGUGAGUGUGAAGGGGAAAACAGAAACCUUGGAGUCCAACUCUAGAGAUCUUGGCAUAUUUGUCAAAACAGUUUUGCAAGGUGGUGCUGCUUACAAGGAUGGUGGACUGCAAGUGAAUGAUCAACUACUGGAAGUCAAUGGUGUGAAACUUGAAGGCCUUUCAAACUCUUCAGCUAUGGAAGCUUUAAGACUUGCAAUGAUCCAGGAUGGUAAAAUCCCUGGUGUUAUAAGCUUAACAGUUGCAAGACAGACAGGCAAAUCUGAGACUCAUCAAGUGUCUCCAAGCUCAAGUAAAUCAGAUGGCUCUGGUCAAUCACGAAGUCAGUCUGACUCUGAAGUAGGAACUAUCUUACUGAGUCACUCACCUUCUGGGACUGUAUCACACAUCUAUGAUGUGAAUCAAAGUGACUUUAGCCCUGCAUCUCUAGACAGGUUUCACAGAUAUCCAGAUUUAGGAAAUAUUGAGCUUAACACAAAUAGCCAUCAUACUAAUUAUACUGACUCCAAUACUGCUGUCACUACCAAGAUUAAUUUUGAUAAACAUUUCAAAGGAACUGUAUCAGAUUCAAAAAUAUUUCAAUUUCAAAGUAAUCAUCAGCGGCCUCAUUCGACCAUUGGUUUUAUUCACGAGCUCAACCAAGUUGGAGAUGAUGAUUCACAAUUAAUAAACAGUCCAGAUGACUCUGAUAUGAAUUCCAAACCUCCAUUUGAAAGAGAAGGACUGGGCAGACAAAGUAUGUCUGAAAAACGCAAAGGUCAUCUUGAUCCUCGUAGCACAGAAAUUUAUAAAAUAGUAAAAGCCAACAAGGAAAAUAAAGGAUUUAAUCAUUUAGAUAUCAAUCUACCUAAUGAGUCAACUACAAAAACCAAUUCAACAGAGAAAUCUACUCCAUUGAAACUUAGUCCAGGCUCUGAUUCCAGGGAAAAUGUAAAGGAUCAAGUUCAAACUAAUAAAAAAUCAAUGUCACAUUUGCAGGAACAGAAUGAUAAUUCUUGGAGCAAUCAACAUUUUGGAAGAGGAAGGGCAUGUAAUGAAAGUUUUCGUGCUGCUGUAGAUAGAUCCUAUGACUUACAAGAUCCUGCCUUGAUGGAUACAUUGGAAGAAGAAAGUUUAGAAAGUGGUGGAAACACUUUAGAUCCUUCAGUGUCAAGUCGUUCCUCAGUCAGCAGUGAAAUGACAGAGCAGGAUAACAGCAGUAUACAUAGACUUAAGCUCAAAGAAAAAGAGAAAAAAGGAAAUUUAUUGAAAGGUUUUCUAAGAUUUGGUAAAGGAAGAAAGUCUCAGGAGGAAAUAAGUCAUCGUUCAAGAUCUGAAGAGAGAUCAGUCACUGACACAUCUAAACAAAGAGAGAACAGAAUAGUACCUAAUUUAAAACCUGUACAAACCAUAGAUUUUAUUCCAAUCUCUCAGUCACCUUCCAAACCAAUGCAACAUAGCAGUAAAUCAAGGUAUGAGGCUGAGGGUAAAGGACAGUUUCGAUCCCAUUCAGUUGAGCCCUCCAUUCGAAAUACUUCCUAUUUUACUCCAUUGCAUCCAUUAGCCUCAUCUGUUCCCAAGCAAAAAUGGGAUUUCGGAAGCAGUCCUCAGGAAAUGACAGACCCAAGAUAUGUUCAUCCAGCAGCAAUAUCUCAGAGACCAAAAUAUGCAGAUCGUAGCCCAUAUUUUGUAGACUAUGGAACCAGUUCUGAAAAUGUCCAGUCAGAUUCUGAGGCUUUUAUGUCUCGAGCAGAAUACAUCCAACAGUUGAGGACAUUAUACCAACAGCAUCAUCAACAAAGACAAGGAGUGUAUCCCAGAGAAGACACAGAUGAAAUGUAUGAAAAACAGCUACAAGAAAUAGAGCAUAAUGUGGUCUAUGAGAAUUUCCAUCAAGAUGAAAGCCAAAAGCUUUUAAAAAAUGAAAGAUCAUUUGGUCAGAACAACCAACAUGUUUCACCUGAUGUAUACAGUCUUGGCAACACAUUUAUGUAUUCUAAAAACUUUCCCAGAAGCAGCAAUGACUCAAUGACUUUGCAUGGUCAGCAUUCAGCUUACAGAGAAGCAUCAGACAGAAACAACACUCACUAUAGAGAGGUAUCAGACAGACACAUUGCCCACUAUAGAGAAAUAUCAAACAGGCACAAUAGCAUUACACCACAACCUUACAAAUCUUCAGCUUAUAACUACCCUGUGAUGGCACACAGAGAAGUCAAUCAUGGACAAAACUACAAACCUCAAAUGACUUACUCUGGUCCAACUAGUCAACACAUGUUCUCACAAAGUAACUCUUCAUUCACUGAGUUCAGUUCUGCACAAGUUUAAGCAUUUGAUGUGAUGAUACAAGGAUAGAUUGGAAUAGAACAUUAUUGAGUGGAAUGAUGAUUUUAUAUUGGUGAACGUUACAAAGAAUGUUUAUUUUAAAAUUAGGUUCUAAGUGUCAAGAAAAUGUUGUUUUAAGCUAUUGCACCAAAAAUAAGUGAUAUAAAACUGAUCUUAAAAUGAUCUUAUUAGCUCAUCAAGUGUCUCAGUGUGCAUACAUCUUGACUUUGUAGCCUGCUCUGAGUACAUUCAAUGGAACAUGUACCUCAGGCUGAGUGUUAUCUGUCAUGAAAUCCAACUCUUACCUUGGUCCACCAGUGUCAGUUCAUUUUUUUAAUAGAAAUUAUAUCUUUGGUUCAGUUCAUCAUAAUAGAAAAUGUAAUUUAGUUCAUAAUGACAAAGUGCACCAGCUAAUACCAGUGACAUAGUGGCACCAGCCUCAAUCAAUGAAACUGUGAUGUCACAAAUGUAAAGGGAAAAGUUUGAUCUUGAUGGUUUUUAUCUUGAGGAACAUUUUGUUUGCAGACAUUCAGCAUUAUCCUGGACAUGUCUUUAAAUAUUUAAAUCCCAGUUUCUUGACUUUGUUUACUUUACAGCUUUAUAGUACAGUCUGUACACUCCUUUUAAAGGACAAUUUUGUCCUAACAUGUAUUCUGUAUAUCAUCUUAAUAGAAUUGAGUUCAUAUAUUUAUUAUUAUUUUUGCCAUUCAAGUUUUUGUGCUCCAAAAUAUUUGUCACACAAGUAUUAGAAGUUUGGAUUUAUUGAAUAUUAUGCUUUAACACUAAACUGUCAUUGGUAAAACUUAUUGAAUAAGAUAAUUAUAUUAUUAGAUAUCAUUGUGUUUAAGACUUCUAAAGAAAAAAAAUUACUUGAGCUUGAAAAAUAUAAAUAAAUCAAUUAAAUUGGCCUACGUAUGUCUGACAAUGUUAUCAUUAGUGUCAGUCUCAAACAAGUCAGCAGUUCAACUGAUACAUUACUCCUGCAUACACAUCUUCAUAGUGAUGUUUGACAUCUGGCUGAAUGUAGUUCAUUACAUUGCUAGAUGUUUACAAUAGAAGUUUAAUGAUAGUCAUUAGUGAACUAAUCAGGCUUUGUACCUGAAUUUUAAAAUGAAGGAAUUCGUCUUGCUAUUUAAACCUAGGUGGUGCAAAGCUGUUGUGUAUCUGUUAUGAAAAGAAAUUCAGGCUUACUUUACAUUCACAGCUGGCCUGUCAGUACCCGUAAGUUUAGUUUUCAUAAUGUAUCUUAUACAAAGCACAUCUCACUUAGUCUACAUUGAAGGGGAGUUGUUUUAGGUACAAUAGUUAUAUAAACUUUGUUCUAUACUGUAUUUUAAAUUAACCAAUUUCUGAAUAAAUAUUUGGCUAUUAUAUAUAUGCUUAUGCUGUUGAACUUAUUGUAUUCUAUAUUGUAUCCAGAUUCUGCCCCAUCUCAAGACGUAACCAAAGCCAGUGACAUCGGGGCGCAUCCAUUGUCUUUCGAGACAGAAGGAGCCAUAUAUAUAUAUACAAUUGCGUAGCUAGAAAAAAACAGCCAAUGAUUCUAUACAUGCAAGCAGUAUUGCUGACAACGAACAAUUGCCUUCAUUUUUCCCUCAAAUAGCCUAUGGUCAUUCUUAACUAUCCCUGUUGCAAAAUGAUGACCAAUUUUGAGAAAUAUUUGUGCAUUUGUAGAUCUAGGUAUUUAUUUAGAUAGCAAAAAAGUAGCACCAACUUGUCUUGAAAAGAUAUAUUUCCUUUUAUAUAAUGUACAUAUCUUGUAUAUUUUGUCUCUCAUCUAAGAACAUUUGGAUCAAUAUGACUUCAAUUGACUGUGAAUGUAUAUGGCACACACAUCAGCUGUGACUAAUAGUAUUUUAUAGGCAAUACUCAUUUAUAGUUCACAUUAAUUCCUUCUGCUAUACAUACAUUAGAAAUACUAUACAUUUAUUUAUUGUCAUUUGUCAAUAGUUUGUCUGAAGUAUUCUUUUGUUUUGUUAUGUGCUAAAUAUUUUUAUACUUCUAACUCUGGAAAGAAAAUGAGUUCAAGUCCUAUCAAAAGGAAUGGUAUACAUUCUUGCCUUAUAAAAUUGAUUUGGUCACCUCUUUAGUCUGCCUAUGGCCAUAUCAUGUGCAUUAAAAAUGUCAAUUACUGUUGUUGAACAUUUUGUUUUGAAUAUUUGUGAAGAGAUCAAGUCAGUGGGAGAAGGAAUUCUAUGAACUUUGCAUUGUGAGCAAAGCUAGCCAAAACAAACAAACAAAAGUUAUCAAAUCUCAAGGUUAAGUGACUAUUGUGAAUAUAUUUAUUUAUUACAAUGUACUCAUGUUAAUAUUUUUAAGUUAAAGAUGUGAACAUUUUUAUAACAAAUUUUCAAAUAAACAUAGCUGAUAAAUAAACAGACAUUGAAAACAA